UUCUUCUGCACCGUUUAUUAUUCAAAAUACUGGUAGAACAGAACUGAGAUAUGGUUGGGGGCCAAUGGCCAAUGCCAUUAAAUCAUCGUCUUCUUCUCCUACUGCGUGUUUAUUUUGGAGGAGUCAAGAUAUGCCAAUGGUUAGGGCGCAACCAGCGAUUGAAAGAUCAUUGAAUUCAAACCCCAUUCGUUCUCAUAAUAAUGAGGUUAUGGUCGUGAGAAGAGGAAUGUCGAGAGUGAGAAGUAGUGGCGGUCGACGCCCAAUGCUUUUCCAUGGCGGAUUUCGAUUAACGGGUCCGGCUACAUCACCGAUUUCAUUGUCAGUCAGUUGCGUCUCGCAGAAGGAAUCCACGGGGCAGAAUCCAGAAGAAGAGGAAGAAGAAGAAGAAGAGAGACGAUUACAACCAGUAGAAGAAGAAUUGCGAUUCGAGAGGCUGUUUUCGAACCUCAAUCAAGCUACUUUGAAGAGGGAACCUGGAAGCCUUACCAGUGCAAUUCUUCUCGUCUCUGGCACCACGGUUGGUGCCGGGAUCCUUGCAAUUCCCGCAGUGACCCAAGAAUCUGGAUUUGUAGCUUCUGCAGUUACCUGCAUUCUUUGUUGGGUAUUUAUGGUUGUGACAGGGCUGCUCGUUGCUGAAGUAAAUGUGAAGACAAUGUGUGAACUGGGUUCUGGUGGUGUGUCAUUGGUAUCAAUGGCCCGGAGAACUCUUGGGACAGCUGGAGUUCAAAUUGCUUGUUGGUCGUACAUCUUCAUACAUUAUGCUCUUCUUGUUGCCUAUGUGGCUCGUUCUUCAGAUAUUUUGACAGAUUUCCUUGGUAUUCCAUUAUGGGAAUCUGCAACCUUGUUCUCAUCACUUUUGGGAGGCAUUUGCUACUUUGGAAGCCAGCGGUUUAUUGGAGCAGUAAAUGGUGUUCUCGUACUUGGAAUCAUCAUUUCCUUCACAGCUCUUGUGGUAGUGGCCAGUGGAGACUUGCACUGGGAUGCUCUUUUGAAAGCCAACUUUCAAGCUGUUCCUCUCAGCAUACCCAUAAUAGCUCUUUCUUUUGUUUAUCAGAAUGUGGUCCCUGUUCUUUGCACGAAUCUUGAAGGAAACCUGGGAAAAGUGAGGAGCGCAAUUGUCCUAGGCACCGCUAUCCCCCUUGCUCUAUUUCUAGUCUGGAAUGCUGUUAUUCUUGGAUCUAUUACAAGUUUUGAAAUAGACUCUGACAAGAUUGCUGACCCCUUGCAACAAUUGCAAUCUAUAAAUGGAGUUGUCGGGCCAAUAGUUCAAGUGUUCUCGCUUCUUGCGAUUGCAACUUCCUACAUUGGAUUUGUUUUGGGACUUGCGGACUUCCUUGCUGACUUGCUGAAACUCCCAUCCGGUCAGAGCAGGCCCCUGCCAUAUCUUCUCACUUUGGUUCCACCACUAGUAUUGUCAUUGCUCGACCCCGAUAUAUUCUUCAAAGCAUUGGAUUUUGCUGGAACAUAUGGAGUGCUAGUAUUGUUUGGAAUUCUUCCUGGUGCAAUGUCUUGGUCGGACAGGUACUCGGAUUCGUCGGAUUCGCAGAAACUACCCCAGUUGGUUCCCGGAGGAAAGCUCACCCUUUCUAUUGUGAUUGGAGGUGCAGGAUUUGUUAUAUUCUCAGAAUUGCUUGAGAACUUUGGUCUAGCAAAUUAAUCAGCCAUCGGAACCUUAUUUUCCUUUU